AUGCUGAAUGAGUUUCUAAUAACUGCAUUACCGAUUACAUUACUUGCGACACCGAUUGAAAAUUAUAUUGAAGGUGAACCUAAAAUCCGUUGCGAUUCCGAUGCGAUAGACAUCAAUUUCCAGACACGGCAGCCAUUCAAUGGACGCAUUUAUGUCAAAGGUCGAAAUACAGAAAGCGGUUGUCACAAUGAACAAAUUGGUCGCCAUCUUACCGGAAUUACUUUACAUUUUGGAACUUGUGGGAUGGUACGACUCCGAUCGUUGGAGCCACGCGGUGUUUUCUUAUCAAUAGCGAUCGUUUUAUCAUUCCAUCCGAAGUUUAUCACAAAAGCUGACAAAGUCUACAAUAUUCAAUGUUUCUAUAUGGAAAGUGUCAAGGAUGUCGACAAUAAUUUGGAGGCAGUUGAGUUAAUUUCUAUAUUUGUGAUGCAAAAUGCUAUAAUGCCAAACUGUCGUUACGAAAUCCUUGACAGGGGGCCUAAUGGAAAGCCGAUACAGUUUGCACUUAUCGGUCAACAGGUUUAUCAUAAGUGGUUUUGCGAGGAAACGAUUCGAUCAGCGUUCUGUAUGAUUGUACAUUCAUGUUUUAUGAGUGAUGGCCAAGGCAAUCGCAUAAAUGUGAUCGAUGAAAAUGGAUGUACGAUUGACGAAUACAUACUCGACGAUUUAGAAUAUCUCGGCGAUCUUAUUGCAGGAAAGGAAGCAAAUAUAGUGAAAUAUCACGAUCGAGAAACGCUUGGAUUUCAAUGUCAAAUUUCCUUAUCAAUUAAAGAAGGUCAAUGUGCACGACCUCAGUGUGAAAACAUUCGAAAAAGACGGCAAAUUUUUAAAAUAUUUUCAUAUUUAAUUGAAGAGAAAGGUUCUCAGUCCCUUUCAUUCUAUGGAUAUGAAUAG